UACCUUCUCUGGUUGGAAAAGACUCGCUCCUCCCUCUGGAGAUAUAAAACCAUCUGCUCUCGCCUCUCCGCUCCCCAGUUUCCUCGGACCAGCUUCCCAGUUAUUGAACAAAAGAAAAAAAAUGGUCCUCGGUCUCCUACGGCCGCAUUUUGACUUUUCAUUAAGCUCGAUGAGUUUCAUUCCGCCUGCUUUGUGUCGUGUAACAUUCAAACGUCUCUCCACUUGGGUCUGCUGCGUAAUGCCGCGGGCCCCCUCUGGCCAGCGCUCGUCGCAGUGACCGGCAUGGCGUGGUCCGGCGCGAACGCCAGCAACUCCAGUUCGGACGCCGUCCCGGCCGGGGACGAGCCCCGCGACGAGCGGCUGGCUCGCCUGGAAAUCGCCCUGCUCUCCGUCAUCUUCGUCGCCGCGGGGCUCCUGAACUUCGGGCUCCUGCUGGGGCUGUUGAAGCGGCGGAAGCAGCUCUCCAGGAUGCGCGUCUUCGUCCUGCACCUGUGCGUCGCCGACCUGGUGGUCGCAUUCUUCCAAGUGUGCCCGCAGCUCAUGUGGGACAUCACGGACAGAUUCGUGGGCCCGGACGUCCUGUGCCGCCUGGUGAAGUACCUGCAGGUGGUCGGGAUGUUCGCCUCCACCUACAUGAUCGUGGUGAUGACCAUCGACCGCUACCAGGCCGUCUGCAACCCCAUGGUGACCUUCCAGCGGAGGAGGGCGCGCUGGAACGGCCCCGUGUGCGCCGCCUGGUGCGUCUCCUUAGUCGGCAGCCUCCCGCAGGUCUUCAUCUUCUCCCGGGUCGAGGUCACCCCGGGGGUCUACGACUGCUGGGCCCAGUUCGUGGCCCCGUGGGGGUUGAGGGCCUACGUGACCUGGACCACUCUGGUGAUAUUCGUCCUGCCGAUCCUCAUCGUGAUCGUGUGCCAGGUGCGCAUCUGUCGCGCCGUGCACGCCAGCAUCCACCUGAAGACGCAGCACCACGCCGCGGCCAGCGGGGAGGCGGCGAGCCGGCCGCUGUCCUCCCGGGCCAGCUGCGUGGUGGGGCUGUCCAAGGCGCGGGUGAAGACGGUGAAGAUGACCGUGGUGAUCGUGAUGGCCUACGUCGUCUGCUGGGCGCCGUUCUUCACCGUGCAGCUCUGGUCCGUCUGGGACGCCGAGGCGCCCACCGAGUCGGCCACCUUCACCAUCCUGAUGCUGCUGGCCAGCCUGAACAGCUGUGUGAACCCCUGCAUCUACCUGGUGUUCAGCUGGAAGCUGCCCGAGAGGCUGGCGGCCCUCGCGUGUGCGGACGAGCCCGACUUGAAGGAGUCCAUGCAGGAGGAGGCCACCAUGGUCAGCUCCCUGUACAUCAGCCUCAAAGGCCUGUCAGACUGCAGGUAGAAGGCAGACUGAGAAAAAGGAAAGCAAAAAAACAAAACAAAAAUCUGCAUUAUCGACAGUUAAAUUCCUUUGCUACUG